CUUGGAAGAAAGAAGAAACUAAAAACGGUUAUUUUUAUAGCCACACAUUUAUAAAAAACAUUAAAUUGGCUUAAUAAGCAAGAACAAGCACUGUAUUUCUGCUUAACACAAACAUUAAUAAAAAAUAUUUUGAAAUACCUUAAAACCUAUAUACACUACCUGGACCUUUUUGUAGACUUCCAUAAUUAUUUAUUAUACCAUGUGCCAAAAUAAUAUUGUUUUAAAAUUUGUUGCUAUAAAAAUAGCAGUUGUAACAGGUUUAUAGUCACUGUUCUGGACUCUUAGUGUCAAUGUCCAUCUGAAAGAUUGCUUGAAGAUUUCUUGAUUUCAGUGCGUAGAGAUCAAGCUUUUCGCAUUUCGGUGUCUUGUGAGUCCCCGUUGUGUUUUGCAUGUUUUGGAGCAUAUAUCACAGGAAAAACAGCUUUCAGAAGGGUCGUCAACUAUUUCUUCAACAAUUUCGGAUAAUUCUUUAGUUAAAUCACGAUUUUUCUCUAAUAAAUCUUCAUCAAUAACAGCCAAGAUUGCAUCAAAAUCAUCUUCACCAAAGAAAUCCUCCCCAUGGGCAGCCAUUAUUGAUAAUUCCGUGCAGUCUUAAACUGGCCACCCCGAUUUAAGAAACAUAUCUGCUUGUAAACAAUAGGAACACAUUAUGGACGGCCCGGAAUUACCAGACUAUCUCUUUUUCUUAUGACUAUGGUACAAAUUACAUAAAGUAAAAAGAAAAACAAAAUUAUGUCAUUCGUGAGUAUUUAAUUGAGUUUUCAACAAUAUCCUCUCUACAGGGCCUUUCGGCAGGGGUAAUAAAGGCUCGUUUUUUCCCCGACGGCAAUUACAGGUGCCUUUCACCUACCAAUUAUAUUUACCCAUAAAAUCACGUGACUUAGUCUUCUUUAGCAACAAGACAGCACAUUUUCACCCUUUCCUUUUCACCUCGCUAAUAAUCUUUCGUGGUUUGUUAUCAAUCACUAACCAAAUCUUUUAAGCAUGGUCAACAAACAAAUCAAGAAGAAUUAUUUAGAGGUAACUCUUUCGUUAUAAACAGACCCUUCGUAAUGACCGACCGCUUACGCCAGGUCGGGUUGUUUUGAUUCUAUCACGGAUCAAUUUCACUACCCAAGCAGAAAGCGGUAUAAGAAACAAGGCCUGUGCGUCUGAUGAAGCCCUUGUUUCUAGGUCAUCCCUUUACCCACACAACAUCCUUUCUUAAUACGAUACUUCGAAUCCUCCACUGGAGAGUAGGGACACCCAAUCAAAAAACAUGUUUACAAUAUGAAAAAGAAAAUAUUUUUAAAGCUAAUUAGAAUUGUGAUAGCGGAACAACUUCUUAAUAAUUAAUUUCAUAUAGAAAUCUCGCUUCGUCGUUUUCAUGCUGCAAGACGGUGUGGUUUUGGCUCUUGUGACGUCAGGAGGUAUCCUGAUGUUUUUUUCAAGAUUUUGAAGCGUGUUUUUAAUGCUGCAAUAAUGGCGGUCGAAGCACAAGGUUUUAUAAAAACAUGGAAUAAGUAAAUCGUGUUUAUGCUUUUAUUUUGCAAGUAAAUCAUUAAAUAAUACUUUUUUCUAUAAUGUUUUAAUGGUUUCUUUCGGUUAAUAUGAACUUGUUAUAACGUCGGAGGCAACCUUUAAAUAACUCAUGGCCGUUACGUUCUCGCCUUGAAGCAACUCGUCCUAUAACUCGCGAAAUUGAAGAGCCAAUUAAAUUCAAACUUUAACCAGCCUGUCCCAGAGCUACUUCUUUCGCGCCAGCACGCAUAUCAGAAAGGGAAAAAGAAGCCCUGGGGACAAGAUUGACAGGUUUCUUAAUUUGCAAGAAAAUAUGAAAUUAUUCCUUCGCCAUUCCUCCUUCAUCUAAAAUGAUGUCUGUUCCGUUAAAAUCGUCAAUUUCUGAAUACUUUAAAAAAAAAAAUUUCGCGAGUCGAAAAAAUCGCAAAAUCGAGGGAAAUAGCUUACUUUCUCGAAUGGCCCUUCUUAAAAUGAUCUUCCCAAUGAUUUUUUUGCGAGAAUACACGGGUUCACAGUUUCAAAAAAAUACUGCGCGCGCAUACCAUAACAUUACGUAAUGCACACGCGCGCGCAGAAAAAGCAGUAAAGAAUGUAAACAAACAACGCAGAAAUACGAGUCUCUAGCUUGUUUUUGCCUUGGAAAUCAUAAAAAUCACCCAACUGAGCUUUGAUAUGAUAAAAAACAAAUAAUAAUGCCUCUACCUAGAUGUAAUAAUCUUUUUUCAGCUAUAAUUCAUCUAUGUAUAACAAAAAUAAGGCGCAUGCAGCGUAAGAGAAACCGAAGAUCGCUGUUUCGUUUUCCAUCUUUUGUUUGAAACCUGAGACAGCAGUGUAAAUACUAAAUCAAGAGAAGCAAAGUAGAUAUCUAUUUAUAAACUCGUAAACACGCUGUCUAAAGUAGCGCACGUGGGUUAUUUGCAAUUACUUUCUCUUUCGAUUUUUAUCAGUGGAAAACAAAUAUACAGUUAAUUUAACUAUGCCAUCGAACUUAGAAGCAUUUUCCUUUAUAAGGAAAAUACGUUGCAAUAUUUUAAAAUGUGGUGUGAAAAUGCACUAAAAACUUAUUUAAAUCUUAUUCAACUGAGGGGGAUUUUGUGUGACUUGUGUAAUGGUGGGUUUCACUUUAGUUGUGUUAAGAUAAGGACUGCAGAAGAUAUUCCAUUGGACUCUGAUUCUUUCCUAUGUAUUAAAUGUACACAAGUAAUAAUACAAUUUUUCUUAUAGAAGUGUGAAUAAAUAAGAAAUAUAUACAUUAUGAAAUAUAAAAUAUCUUUUUUAUUUACAAAUCUUGAAUAUAUAUAUUCAUAAAUGCAUCAGAUGAUAGAUUUUCCAAGGUUACAUAACGCUCCGCACACAAUAACAUCAUCAAACAGUUUAAUCAUACUGAUUGGGUACUCUGAACCUAAGAUACGAAAUGACUUGAGUCAACGAGGAUUCUUAAAUUUGCAAUCCGUUUUGUUUUUCGUAUUUCCGCAGGAGUCAUUUGGGCGCUUCCUUUUUUACCAGGAGGUUGCAUGAACAAUUGUUAACAGAUUGAUGUAACACAUUAAGGGUGGCAGAUUAUUUAUUGAAUUGAUUUUUAAAUAACUUUUGUUGUUGUGGUAAGUGACACGAUUUUCUCCUUGAAAAGUUUUGUUUUUGGCUUUAGUUUCAGGAUAUUUUCAGAGAGAUUUAAAAGUAAUUCUCUUUCCUUAUAGUAAUUCUCCUCCUUAAUCCGAAACUGUAAAAUCUGCAUUAUCUUGAUGUGAAACAAGGUCAGGUGAAAUCAUCUCUUGUGGGGGUGAAAAGCUAGAUGAUACUGUACUAUUAGGUGACAAUAACUCUGGGAAUGUUGGUGGAUCCAUUAUAACCAAAUGUUCUUGAAAAAUAAAUUUGGAUAAUGAGCCACUCUUUGCCGCCGACAUCUACGUUUUAUCACUACGAUCGCAUGUUUUCUACCAACCCAUCCAUGUCUUCGUCACAAGGAAGUUCAGAAAGCGCCACAUAUUACAAUGAAAUUCAAAUGGACGACGGCAAAUGGACACGCGAACAAACACAGGUUUUAAUUGACACCUGGAAAACACAUAAAUACACGCUCCUCAGUACCGCUUCUAGUUCUGCCGAGCAUUUCAAAGUAUGGAAACUAAUAGCAAACGAAGUUAACAAACUUUCCCCGCCAAAAAGUUUACAACAAUGCAAGAAAAAAUUCCGUAAUAUAAGAUACAUCUGCAAGACGGCCAUGAACAAUAAUAAACAAAGCGGCACGAAAAAACAUUACCCUAUGUUUUAUUCCGAUUUUGUUGAGAUUAUUUCUGAGAGUGAGCGAAACAAAGAAGGAAUUAGAGGCGAUAUGCCGAGCGUUGAAAUUUUAAGAGACGGUAGCAUGGAUGAUUCAUCUAUAGAUAUUGAGGAACAUAGUCCUCGGCAGGAAACGCAAGACCUGACAAAUAUUUCAACUAUGCGAACAGAUGAAAGUAACUUAAACAAAACAAAGCCUAAAAAUUUAUUACGAACUAAAAACGUUUCAAGUUUUAACUCGACCGACAGUUUUCACGAUAGUCCUCGCUCGCAUGAUGGAGAAUUACAAACUCAUUAUUCGUCAACAGAACGGCGCUCAGCGUCACCAUCUAUAAACGUUGAGGACAGGACAGAAAAUGACGAAAAUACAGAAGACAAACCUAUUACGGAAAGUCGGCCUGAUGAAUAUUGUACCGAUGAAAACCUUUUAUAUGUGCCGUCCGAUAUUCUAGCCAGGAAACACAAACAUAUUGAUGUGAGUAUUAUGGGACGGGGUUACCCGCCGCCUAAACGAAUUAAGAGGUCAGCAGACGGAUUUCCGUCUCCCGGCCAAUAUAAAUCGUCGGGUUCGCAUGAUUCAACAACUGGGUUACCCACUGAUACAUAUCCAACUAUGGCCCCUAUCACCUACAGCCAGGAGAGUUUUACAGCUGGCAGUGGUCUAAAUUACGCAUCAGCGGCUCUAACAUCUGCAGCGCGAAAAUAUAAGACCUCAGCAGAUUUGCAGCCAUCAUUUAGUAGAGACUCAAACUACUCGUAUUCACGUCAACAUAACGGCAAACCGAACCCGAUCAUAUCUGUUGGAUCACGUGAUAGCGGUGUUUUUCAGCCAGGAUUACCUUCUAGGGAUAGCUUUAACGAACGAUUUCUAGAGGUGCAAGAGCGCCAGAUGGAAUUGUUUAGUGAUAUGUUAAACAGACACGAACAAUUUUUAUUAAGACUAUUAUCACAGCAGAGAGAGGCAGCAGAAGAAGCACAACGGCGUGACCGCGAAUUCAUGUUAAAGCUCAUUGAAAUGUUCGUAAAACAUACUUGAACCAAAUGUGCUUUAUGUGCACUUAUAAUUGUAUCCGUAAUAUUUACAGAUAUCACAAUUUGGAAAGAA